AUGGACGAUAUAUUAACCGACAACAUUGUGGAUUUGGUUGAAGAAAUCGAACUUGAACUAGACACAGGAACAUAUAUGGGCAGACCCUUCGCUAUUAUCGGGUGGAAUGGAGCAAAAGUCAUGCAAGAAGCCGCGGAACUUAUCGCUGAGCCAUCUAAUCUCUCCGCUCUACCAAAUAUAGUAAACAAGGCGUGGAGAGGGGCCAUGGCAUUGCAUCGCGAAUAUCUGGCCAACACCGCCGCAGCGGAGCUCAAAGAAACCACUUCGACCAAACCGCGUUCGAGAAAGAUGCGUCUGGAUGAUGCAGUCGGGUCCUACGUCAUCAAGUGUCCCACGAUUGUGGGCGACUGGCCCGAGUAUGGCCCUGUUUUCCACCUGGAAAUCAAAGACCGUCCGGGAAGAGAAGGCGACGAUGGCCUCUUGUCUGCCAAGAUGAACUUUGGCAUCGUCGAGGGCACUAUGCUGCUUUCUUUUUCGAAGGAGACGCUCAACAUGACUUCAAAGGCCACCCGAUUAGACGCUGUGGAUCAAUUGUCCAGAAUCACCGUUGCGGAGAUACCCGAAUACCAUAUACCCAGCACCGCGAAUGACGAGAGAAAGGAUAUCGCUAUUGAAGAGCGUGUGGCCGAGUCACGGAAGCGCUCGGCUCCCGCUUCAAGGAGCAAAUCAAAUGGGUCAUCACCUCCACACAAAAAGGCCAAGCUGAAUACCCGUCAAGUCAUGCGAGGUAGAAGGCGAUUGUACUUCAUCUGGAGAGGUACGGAAAAAGAAGAUGAGCUGUCAGUCGAAAGCAAAGGCUACUUGGAUUUCAACGAUACAUGCACCGGAUUCAAAGGAGUCACAUGGUUGGACUUCGCGGCCUUUGACAGGGACGCUGGCCUUGAGGACUGCACAUUUCAAGGGUUCAAAUAUGAGACAAUGAAGCCACGGUCAGUUAAGGAGGAGACCAGAAAGGUUCGGUUGAGUGACAGUGACGAGGAGACAGCAGCAAGCGACCUUGAUUUCAACGGCUCAGAGAGUGACCUGGAGGAGAUACCUGCGAGCUGCCUGAUCAACUUCCAACUGCAUCAUGGUGCCUAG